AUGUGUAUAAAUACAAACACUCCUAUCGGUAAAUGUAUUAAAGGAAAUGGAUUCGGAAAUAUAAUUGAUGAUGAAAAUAUUAAAUAUAUUGUUAAAAACGGAGGGCUUGAUAGGGAUGUAUUUGUCUAUGCGGAAAAUGCAUUCAACAAACCACAAACUUGUUUUAAUUAUUCUUUGUAUUAUUUUGAAAAUAAAUGUGAAUUUGAAGGAGAUUUAAAUUGUGCCAAAGCAUGGAUGUAUAUUGGUCUUAAGAAUUUGAGUACAAAUAAACAUAUUCUCUAUCAUGCGAAGGAUGCUAAUAUUAAAAACGAGAAAAAUGAAGCAUUUCACAUUCCGACAAUUUUCAAUAAUAAUGAUAUUUAUGGAUGUGGAUUAGUUUACCCGCCAACUAAUAAAAUCAACGAAUUUCCUUACAUUUUCUUUACUCAAAAUGGAAAACAAAUUGGAAAGGGUAUAUUAUUAAAGGAUAACUUCAACUCAUAUAGACCACGCGUCUAUGUGUAUUAUUGUUCUGUAAAAACAAACUUUGGAAAUGAUCUGGAGACUAAACCGUUUAAAUACGACAUUUCAAAACAUAUAAUUCUUAAAGAAUUUUACUGA